GAACUUCCUUCCAACUCCCUCCUCAACCUUUCUUCUCCUGGAUUGUUUGAUUUUUUAUUUUUAUCUUUAAUUUUUUUUAUUUUCCAUCAGUUCUAAAAUUAUACCCAAUUGGUGCUUAGCUUAUGCUCUUAGGGACUGGACUUAUUUCCUGGCAAGCCAUCAUCCGCCAUCCCCUCCACUUUGCAGCCCCUCUUCCUCUUACUUUCAUUAUUCUCUCCGGCUUACACUCACUCACUCACUCAUUCACUCACUCCCUCCCUCUCGCUUUACGCUUCCCUCUCUUUCUCACCCACCACGGCUUGACUAGCCCACCACCAGUCUCCCCAACCAUUCAUCCUAACGUUCUCCUGUCAUCCUUUUUCGUCCCCAAUCCUUUUAGCUCCUCCCCCCCCGUUUCUCUCUCUAAACUAAAGCACCAAGAGAUGGGCUUUUCCAGAUAAGGGCAGUGCGCUGACCACUCAGCAUUUCCCUCCUCUUCUGAUCUUCCUCUGUCCCCCUCCCCCGGGAUUCUUCUCUCACUCUUUGCACGCUUCCCCUCUAAUCUUGA